CCACACAAAGCCAAGCCCUGCAUUUAUUCUAUUAAUACCUUUCACAAUUCACACCCCUGUCAUCCCCUCCCAAAUUUCUUCCCCUCCUCCUCUUCCUCUCCCUCUUCCAAACCCCAUGUCAAGAUCCCCAAUCCAAAACCCCCUCUUAAAUCUCCCAAUCCCUCUUUAACCAUUCCCUAAUCUUCCUCCUUCCAUUUCAAACCUCUCAACUUCUUCCAUUUCUUUCCAUUGCUUCCUCUUCCUUCCUUCCUUGCUGCAUAAAAAUCCAAUCUUUUUUCUUCCUCUGUUUAAAUGGCUACUUCUUCCAUUUCCAGACCCUCUUCGAAGCUCUCCAAGUCCCCAUCCCGAUCCCAUAACCCCUCCAAUUCCUCCUCUUCUUCCAAAUCCCAAUCUUCUUCCUCCCUUUCCUCCCAUCUUGCAAUGGUGGAACUCAAAUCGCGGGUCCUGUCGGCGCUGUCGAAGCUUUCCGACCGCGACACCCACCAGAUCGCGGUCGACGACCUGGAGAAGAUCAUCCGGACCCUCCCCGCCGACGGCGUCCCCAUGCUCCUCCACGCCCUCAUCCACGACCCCUCCAUGCCCUCGCCUAGCCCCCAGGACCCGCCCGGGUCCAAGAACCCCUCCUUCCUCGUGGGUCGCCGCGAGUCCCUCCGCCUCCUCGCGCUCCUCUGCGCCUCCCACACCGACGCCGCUUCCGCGCACCUCCCCAGGAUCAUGGCCCACAUCGUCCGCCGCCUCAAGGACCCCGCCUCCGACUCCUCCGUUCGCGACGCCUGCCGUGACGCCGCCGGUUCGCUCGCCGCGCUCUAUCUCCGUCCCUCGCUCGCCGCGGCGGCCGCUCCUGUGGACGGCGCUGGCAGCGGAGGACCGUCUCCGGUGGUGGCGUUGUUCGUGAAGCCAUUGUUUGAGGCCAUGGGGGAGCAGAAUAAGGCGGUGCAGGGCGGGGCUGCCAUGUGCCUCGCGAAGGUGGUCGAGUCUGCUGGAGGUGGCGGCGUCGGCGGUGGUGGGCAAAGGGAGGAGGGAAGGGUGAUGACGACAGGAGUGGUUUUCCAGAAGUUGUGCCCUAGGAUCUGUAAGCUGCUUGGUGGCCAGAGCUUUCUAGCUAAAGGAGCAUUGCUUUCAGUCAUCUCUAGCCUUGCUCAGGUAGGAGCAAUCAGUCCUCAGAGCAUGCAACAAGUGCUGCAAACUAUUCGUGAAUGUCUUGAGAAUAGUGACUGGGCUACCCGUAAGGCAGCUGCUGAUACACUCUGUGUGUUGGCCUCUCACUCGAGCCAUGUUCUUGGUGAUGGGGCUACAGCAACCAUAACUGCUCUUGAGGCCUGCCGUUUUGAUAAGGUAAAACCUGUUAGAGAUAGCAUGAUGGAGGCACUGCAGCUAUGGAAGAAGAUUAGAGGAGAUGGAACUUUGGCAGACACAAAAGAUUCUAGAAGCUCGGACUUAACUGAUAAUGAAGAAAAGGAAGAUCAUAAAAGGUUUAACCCUAGCAAAAAGUUAGAAUCUUUAAAAAUUUCAUCUGCUGGAUUUUCAUCUAGUGAAAGUGACUCUGUCUCCAAAGAAAAUGGCACCAACAUGCUAGAGAAAGCAACAGUGCUUUUAAUGAAAAAAGCACCAUCAUUAACCGAUAAGGAGUUGAAUCCAGAAUUCUUCCAAAAGCUAGAGAAGAGGAGUUUGGAUGACUUUCCUGUUGAAGUGGUGCUACCUCGUAGGUGCUUACAGUCUUCCCAUUCUCAAUGUGAAGAAGGAUCAGAAGUAACUUGUAAUGAUUCGACGGGCACAUCAAACUGUGAUGGAGCAGCACUCCAGGAAUCAGAUGACACUCAUGGAUAUAACACUGCCAAUUACCGGAAUGAAGAUAAACGACCAGGGCCUUACAAGAAGGUGCAGGACUUGGAUAAUUUUGCUCGGGACAAAUGGACAGAGCAAAGGGGAUCUAAGGCAAAAGAAUCAAAAGCAAAAUUUUUGAAUGUUGAGGACACAACUGAAGUCUGUCAGAAAGAUCCUUCUCCUGGUCGUACAAAUGUCCCUAGAUCUGAUGCCAACACUGAUGGGUCUUUUAUGAGCAAUAGGGCGAAUUGGACUGCGAUACAGAGGCAGUUGGCUCAAUUAGAGAGGCAACAAGCCAGUCUCAUGAAUAUGUUACAGGACUUCAUUGGUGGCUCCCAUGAUAGUAUGGUAACUCUAGAAAAUAGAGUUAGGGGUCUUGAGAGAGUUGUUGAAGAAAUGGCUCAUGAUUUGGCUAUGUCAUCUGGAAGGAGAGUUGGAAAUAUGAUGCUGGGAUUUGACAAAUCUCCAGGAAGGUCUUCAAGCAAGUACAAUGGCCUUCAUGAUUACUCCAGCUCAAAGUUUGGGAGAGUUGGUGAAAGGUUUCACUUGUCAGACGGUUUGGUAACUGGUGUUCGGGGAAGAGAUUCUCCGUGGAGGUCGGAAUCUGAAGCAUGGGAUUCCUAUGGAUAUGUAGCUUCAAGAAAUGGUGUUAUGAACACUAGGAGAGGGUUUGGUGCUGUUCCGGUGGAUGGUAGGUUACACAAAACUGAGCAUGAUACUGAUCAAGUCAGUGGUAGGCGGGCUUGGAACAAAGGACCAGGACCGUUUAGGCUUGGUGAAGGGCCUUCUGCAAGAAGCGUUUGGCAAGCCUCAAAGGAUGAGGCUACUCUUGAAGCUAUCAGAGUAGCUGGGGAAGACAAUGGAACAUCCAGAAAUGCAGCACGAGUAGCUGUACCAGAAUUAGAUGCUGAAGCUUUAACAGAUGAUAAUCCAGGGCCCGACAAGGGUCCACUUUGGGCGUCUUGGACUCGUGCCAUGGAUUCACUUCAUGUUGGUGACAUUGAUUCAGCUUAUGAAGAGAUUCUAUCUACUGGUGAUGACUUAUUACUUGUAAAGCUAAUGGAUAAAUCAGGUCCAGUUUUCGACCAGCUCUCUGGUGAAAUAGCAAGUGAAGUCUUGCACGCAGUUGGGCAAUUUAUUCUGGAGCAAAGCUUGUUUGAUAUAGCAUUGAAUUGGCUUCAACAGUUGUCAGAUCUUGUUGUAGAGAAUGGAGCCGACUUCCUUAGAGUCCCCCUCGAAUGGAAGAGAGAGAUUUUGUUAAAUCUUCAUGAAGCUUCUGCACUUGAACUACCAGAGGAUUGGGAGGGGGCAGCACCAGACCAAUUAAUGAUGCAUUUAGCAUCAGCCUGGGGUCUCAACUUGCAACAGCUUGUCAAGUAGCUUGUAUCAAAUCUCUCCUAUGUGUGUAAUUGUUAAUUUUUGUCCUUUUAAUUUUUGGUUUGCUUGGCUCCUCAGAAGAAAGUAUACUGAAUGUAACUGAAUCUAAAGGGAAACUGGAGCUCUGUGCUGCACAUACUCAAGAAUAUUUCUCUUACGAUCAAGACUCAAUUUGUUCUUA